CAAAAAAGAAAUUAAGAAACAAAAACAAACGACUCACACAAGUGCAAACAUAAACAACGGUAACUGAGGUAGAACCAACAACAACGACCACUGUUGCAAUGUUAUACGGAUGUGAGAAACCCUGCUUGAGCGUGUGUGUUUAAUCGGUCGGUCAAAUAUAAAUAUUUAAAGUAAAUGUGAUUUGUUUUAUCAAAUCACUAUUUAACUGCUCGUUCUUAUAAUCACUAAGCAAAAGUAAAAUAAAUUAACAAAGAGGACUACAAAUUGUCCCAAUCGUACUAUUGUUUUCGUUGUAUGCGAAGACGCUGCGCGAGUGUUUAGUUAAUUUUGUAUAUUUUUGUAUGCAUGUAUGUACAUACAUAUGUACGUGUGCAUGUACAUACGUAUAUAUUUUUAUUAAUAAACGUAAAGGACAGUUGUGCGUGUAAAUAACUGUAACCGGUGAAAAGCGCGAACAAGAACAUAACAUAGCUAGGUACUUGUCUUUCCUUUCAAUGUUUUGGCUUAUCCAUAACAUCGCCGUCGACGUCGAUUGCAGUCAACAAGAACAAGAGCAGCGGAAGCAGUUACAACAACAACAAGGGCACUGCGCACGUUGUCCUGCAAACGUCGCCAAUCUGGAGCAGGAGCAGCGUCAUGGACACAAUCUGUAGGCUGUGCUUUCAGACAGCAACGUUAUUCCAAGUGCCGGGCUACAGCAUACCAACGUGUGUUCGCUGCUCCGAGCAGUUGACAAACAAUUCAAAUUUCCAUCAAACGAUUCGUGCAGACGGCAGCACCAGCAGCGGCGCCGGUAGCGGUAGUGCAACCGCUGCGGUGACAGCGGCAGCCGUUGCGGCGGCCGCAGCCUCAGCGACGUCAGCCAACAGUAACGCAGUGGCUCAGCUGACUAACGGAAACGCAGCCGCCGUGCUGCAACUGCAACAGCAACAACAACUGCAAUCAUCAAGCUCUUCCGAGAAUCUACAAUCGCAGGACGAUUCUGAAGAUGUGGAUUUGAUAUUCAACGAGGAGGGCUCUUGCCCGCUGUGCAACAAGACCUUCUCGCGCAAAUCCUCGCUCAUGACGCACAUACGCAAUCACUCGGCUGAACGCAAGUUCGUAUGCACCUAUUGCCACAAAGGCUUCACACAGGCCGCCAAUUUGCGCAACCAUGAGCGCAUACACACAAAUGAUCGACCAUAUCAGUGCGUCGACUGUGGCAAGACUUUCACACAGAUCACAAAUCUGAAUAAUCAUCGUCGUCUUCAUACUGGCGAACGUCCGUUUGUGUGCAAUGAGCCCGAAUGUGGACGCAGCUUUGCACAAGUUACCAAUUUAAACAAUCACAUGAAGUCACACCACAAGGUACAGCAAUAUUGCUGCAAUGUCUGCUCCAAGAAGUUCACACAGGUAACCUCCCUAAAUCAGCACCUGCAAGCCCAUGCCGGAGUCACUGGCUACUAUUGCCCGCGGUGCCCCGAGAAGAAUUUCAAGCUGCAAUCGCAACUGCAUACGCACAUGAAGACGCAUGGGUUGGCCUUUCCAUACGAGUGUGACAAGUGUGAUGAGAAGUUUUUGCAGCAAUCACAUCUCGACCAGCAUCUAAAAAUGCACGAUGAGUUCAAGUACAAGUGCGACAUUUGCCCCAGUUCAUUCAACCAGGAGACGUUGCUGAAGAAGCAUGUGCAACGGCAUGUCGAAGGUCGCUAUCUCAGCUGUCCUGUGGCCAACUGUGGUGAAUCUUUUGCAGUUCGGCAACACCUCUCCAAGCAUCUGCUCACCAACCACUCGCACCACGAGCUGCCGCCUCCGAAGCGUUCAAAGAAAGCCAUCUCGCUUCAAUCGCCGCAACAGCCGCUGGCCAUGAUAGGCCAACCGCUAUCAUUGCAACAUACGACGGGGCAGCGUGGACGUCCGCCUAAAAAUAAGAAAGCCGCUUUGGCAGCCACCACAACCAUCAAGAUUGAGAUCAAUGAGCCUCUUCAUAAUCAACAUGUCAUCAGCAAUGCCAGCGGCUUGUCCAUACAGCAACAGAUCAACCAGCACAUGCAGCAACAGCAGCAGUUGCAGCAGCAACAACAACAGCAACAACAUUUGCUACCCAUGGGCCAGGCGGUGAAGGCGCGCUUCAUACCCACCAAAUAGGACCUCUCCACGUUGAGCGUUUAGCCGACUUUUAUCUCUCUGUACUCCUUUGUUCGAGCAGUCUAGUUAGAUUUUUAAUACCAACAGAUCUUAAAUUUAUUACAACAAUGCCAACAAACAACAAUUAAAAGUUCAUAUUCCUAAACUGUUA